CACUCUCCAAACAAGAAGACCACAAGGGCCGAAUCCAUCUCACCUUCUACCAUUGAGAAAACGAGAGGGAGAACACCUCCGUCUCCCAUGGCCUCUUCCCUGUCUUCGUUUUCUUCCCUCCUCAAUCAACCUCAUUAUGUCUUCCGCACCAAAAUCCAAAGCUGCCACUGUUUUAAGUUGAACUUCUCCCUUUUCACCCGCAAAUCUCAUUUCUCUUCCCUUUUACAUCCUCUCACUUCACGGCCACUCAAACGCAGUGUUUCUCUCAAUCUAUCCAGAACCCUAUCCCAGUCACAGUUUGCACUCUCCAGCAAGACCGAGGGUCCGGGCCUCCACCACUUCAUCAGUCGGGCGGCAGUUGCGGCUUCGGAAACCCAGUCAGAUUCCUUACCAGCUUCGGAAGUGCAUCCAAGAGGUCGUAUUUACCAUGAAACUUAUGGAUGUCAAAUGAAUAUAAAUGACAUGGAGAUUGUCUUAUCUGUCAUGAAAAAUGCUGGCUACGGUGAAGUUGUGGAUGUUCCUGAGAGUGCAGAGAUCAUUUUUAUUAAUACCUGUGCUAUCAGGGACAAUGCAGAACAAAAGGUGUGGCAGAGACUUAACUAUUUCUGGUUUCUUAAGAGGCACUGGAAGAGUAAUGUGUCCAUUGGAAGGUCGCAAUCUUGGCACCCUCCAAAAGUAGUUGUACUGGGAUGCAUGGCUGAGAGGUUAAAGGAUAAGAUUCUUGAUGCAGAUAAGAUGGUUGAUGUAGUCUGUGGACCCGAUGCAUAUAGGGACUUGCCACGUUUGUUAGAAGAAGUUGACGAUGGUCAAAAGGGGAUAAACACACUUCUUUCUCUUGAAGAAACUUAUGCCGAUAUCAGUCCAGUCAGGAUCUCAAAGAACUCAGUUACUGCAUUUGUCUCUGUGAUGAGAGGUUGCAAUAAUAUGUGUUCAUUUUGUAUUGUUCCUUUCACUAGAGGUAGAGAACGAUCACGUCCUGUUGAAUCAAUUGUAAGAGAAGUAGGUGAACUUUGGAAAGAGGGUGUGAAAGAGGUAAUGCUUCUUGGUCAGAAUGUGAAUAGCUACAAUGAUGCUUCUGGAGUUGACAAAGAUGUUGAACCAGGAAUCAAUUGGAAGUAUAGUGAAGGCUUUUCCAGCAUGUGCAAGGUAAAGAACAUGGGUCUGCGCUUUGCUGAUCUUCUGGAUAGACUCUCCACAGAAUUUCCUGAGAUGCGAUUCAGAUAUACAUCCCCACAUCCUAAAGAUUUCCCAGAUGAAUUACUAUAUCUAAUGCGAGAUAGAUACAAUAUCUGCAAAAGUAUCCAUUUGCCUGCACAAACAGGAAGCACAACAGUACUUGAACGAAUGCGUCGGGGGUAUUCUCGAGAGGCAUACUUGGAUCUUGUGCAGAAGAUUAGAAGCACCAUUCCUGAUGUUGGGAUAAGCAGUGAUUUUAUAUGUGGUUUUUGUGGAGAAACAGAGGAGGAACAUGCAGACACAUUAAGCCUUAUAAGGGCUGUUGGAUAUGACAUGGCAUACAUGUUUGCAUAUAGCAUGAGAGAGAGAACCCAUGCCCAUAGAAAUUAUGUUGAUGAUGUCCCUGAGGAUGUGAAGCAGAGGAGGUUGACUGAGCUCAUCGAGGCUUUCCGUGAUACAACAGGUAAGUGCUAUGACUCCCAGAUUGGAACCAUCCAACUUGUGUUAGUAGAAGGACCCAACAAGAGAGCUCCUGAGAGGGAACUCAUUGGAAAGAGUGAUAGGGGCCACAGAGUCUCAUUUGUGAAUGUUGCAGUCCCACAUCGGGACGAGACUGACGAAAAACGGAAUCCAAGAGUUGGUGAUUAUGUAGAAGUUCACAUAUUGAAAUCAACGAAAGCGUCAUUGUUCGGGGAAGCACUUGCUAUAACAGAUCUGAGCUCAUUUUACACCAAAAUGGAUGAUGCGGCUGUUGCUUGUGCAAACAGAACUUGAAAAUUUCUUCCUUACCCUCUUGUCCUUGCUUCCUGUGGGUUUUGGAUGUGAUUGUAAUCUGUUAUAAAAAUAAUUCAAUGACACUUUUUCCUUAUCAUCCCAAGAUUGGGGGGAUGGGGUGGAGUAGUCUGUAGGGAAUUUCUGAAAAGCCCAAAAUUAUAUGAAUAUAAAAAUUGAUUUUCUGAAGGGAGGCUCUUAAUCCAA